AUGUCUGAAACUCUUCACUUCCUCUUUGAAAACAUUCCUGCUUCCGAUAAGGAACCCUUUGUGGUUAAGAUUGGAGGCAAUGUUGUAUUCACAGCCACCACUCCACAAAAAAACACUUCUCACACAGUUCAAGUCACACCUUCUGGACUCAGUGCCAUUCAUCGUGAAUUUAUCAAUUUUGUCAUUCCUCAAGCAGAUAUUGAUGAAUUGAAUCAAUACGAUCUCACCAAUCGAGGAUAUCAUUUCAGAGUGCGUGUGAAAAAAAUCGGAGAACUCUCUGUCUUGCAAGGAUUGAAUAAGAAUUUUGAAGAAGAGAAUGUCAUUUUGGAUGAUCAACGUAAAUUCUAUGUCGAUGAAAAGACUGGUGAAUAUACCUACAAGUACAACAAACCAGUAUAUUUGGCAGAUGACUAUGAAAAGAGUCCAAAAGCUAAAAUUGCAAAAGCAAUUGCAAAUUCAGCAGAUUUCGGAAGUGACUCCACAAGAAUAUGGCUUCACUUGUCAGGCAUUGAUGCCAGUGAAGAAGAACCUUUUGAAAUUCUUGACGCCGAUCAACAAGACAAGAAUUUAUUCAAAAGUUCAAAACCAAUUUUUAAGAGAAAGGAAGUCAUGUUGUAUGUGAGAAAAGCAGAUCCAACUGCAAAGAGUCAUGUUGCAAAUUUGCAUAUCAAAAUUCCAACAGUUGGUGUGGAUUCUGUGGUUGAUUUUGAUUUGACUACUUUGGGAACUCAUAUUUUAAUUGCUGUCUUAAAUGAAGGUUCCAAUGUCGAAAUUCAACAAAAGACCAACAAAAUGUUCGAUGAAAAAUUCUUCAAUCCAGUUCACUAUGCAAAUGCUGAGAGAGAAUACAAGGAAAAGACUCGUGUGAAAACAACGACCAAAUAUGAUGAUGACGAUGAUUCUGCUCCAACUCCACAACAAGUUGCCAAACAUGGAGAUUCUGAAUCUCUGGAUGAAGUGACCGUUACUCUCUAUGUGAAUAAUAUUCCAGCAUCCAAGAAGGAACCUUUCACUAUUUACAUGAAUGGUGACGAAUUUUUCAAGAGUGAAGAGGAGAUUCCAGUCACAAGAACAGCAAUAUUGAGAGCAACGUUUGAUAAGCCACCUCGUGGAGAAGAAUUAAUUGUUGAAAUUCGUUUCAAAAUUGACGCUCGAGAUGUUGACACCAAACAACAAUUUAACAUUACCAAAAAUGGUACUUUCUUGUUCUUUGGUGUUGAAAAAGCUGGUGAUGCAGAACGAAUUCAAAUGAAACAACAAUUCAAUGAUACUUUUGGUCCUCAAAGUUCACAACAAACUGCCACCAAGUCAGCUGCUUCUUCAUCUUCUGAGAUCAUUCCAGUGCACUUCCAUUUGGCAAACAUUAAUGCUUCAGCAGAGAAGCCAUUUGAACUAUUUGUGAAUGGACAACAAAUUUACAAACAAACUCAAGAUCUUGGUGAUAAGAUGGCAAUUGUUACUGGUAAAUUACCAAAAAUUGAUGAUUUACGUAUUGAUUUGAGAGCUGUCGCAAAAGCUGAUGGUCUUGAAGAAGAAUCCGAACUUAAUAUUACCAAGUAUGGUAAUUAUUUGAAAAUUGAAAUCAGCUCAGAUCGUUCAGUCAUUGAUAUUACUCAAGCUGAUAAUGCAGAUUUUGACAAUGCAACUAUUGUUGACUCAAAGAAAAUGCCUUCCAAGAGCUCUAGUAGUUCAACCACUACCUCCAAGACUCCUGAAAAGAAGACAACCACUUCUCAAUCAAGCUCUUCUGGUGGAGAUUAUCUUGAUCAAUUGAAAAAGUUAGGCGAGCUCAGAGAUGCUGGAAUUCUCACUGAAGAGGAAUUCCAAGCUAAGAAGAAGAAAAUUCUUGGCUUGUAA